UCCGGGUUGUGGCCUCACAAAGAUGGAAACUUGCUUUAGCUUUGAACUCUUUUAGCACAAACAAUUGAACCAGUGAAAAAGAAGAAGAUGAUGAUGAUGGAGGGCGCCAUUGCGAUUUCACGUUUUUCUGCUUCAAACACACCACUUCUCAUCCGAUCCAUGGCUACGCAAAAACCAACUCCAUCCGCUACCAAAACCGUUACUUCUAAAAAGACAACAACUGUAUUUCCAGUAGGGGAGAAACCUCGGCCGGGCAAUUCUUCAUCUACACCAACAGUGAAGUUAUUGACAAGAGUGGAGCAAUUGCGACUGUUAACUAAAGCAGAGAAAGCUGGUUUACUAUCAGCUGCUGAGAAAUCUGGACUCUCUUUGUCGGCAAUUGAAAGACUUGGUCUUCUUUCCAAAGCCGAAGAAUUGGGGAUUCUUUCAGCAGCUACUGACCCUUCAACCCCAUCAGCACUCUUCAGUUUGAGCUUGGGAUUGCUUGCUGUUGGCCCUGUUUGUGUGUAUCUGGUGCCUGAAGAUUACCCUUGGCAAAUUGGUUUGCAGGUUGUGGUUGCUCUACUUUCUGUUGUUGGUGGCUCUGCAGCUUUUGGAGCCUCAAAUCUUGUUUCCACUUUGCAGAAAGUAAAUUGAAAUGACACUGUGUCACACUUGAAUCUUGAUGAACUUUGCCAACUUGUUGGGGAUCAUGCUGUGUACAAUAUAACUGCACUGUUCAGUGAAGGGCUCAGAAACUUAUACGUACCUUAAUUUUUCUUUGCAUUGCCAUGAUGCAUCUAUGUUAUAUUAAUGAACAUAUCUUCUAUGCAUCAGACUCGAAUGGGGUUAAAAGACUAUUGAACAGUCUUUUGAUCGAUACAAACGGUGUGUCAACUAAUCUGGAUGUUAUUAUAA